AUGGGAAGUACCAUUCCUUUGUCGAUGAACUUGUGCUCUCCGCCCCGUGAGCUGCUGAAGUCCACGGCCCCUGAUUUGCCGCGCCACUUGCUGUCUCGACUGCCGGCGCGCCGUCGUAGCCGGUCAGGCUUUUUGGCGCGCGCCGCCAGGCGACGGCCCUUUCCAGGGUGCAGCCGGCGUCUUGUAUCGUCUGUUUCGCCUUCAGAGGCUUUACCGGUCACUCCCGCCCGUUGGAGGAUUGGUUGUGAACCGGCUUGCGGGUCGCGUCCUCUCUCGAGUUCUGUUUCGAGUCCGCCGUCUUCGCUCCCGCACGCGCGCGCUUUCGUGUCGGCUCCGGUUUGCGCCUCCGCUCACACGGCGGCCGCUUCCAGACAAGCCGUUUUCCCUUUGUCCCUCUUUUUUUGUCUCCGUUCGCAAGCCCCUCUCUCGGGUUGUCCUUUUUCUCUCUCCUCUGCCUCUUUCUGCUGCUCGUCUGUCCCGUUUUUCUCCUUUUCUGGGUCGUCGCCUCUCCAGCAAUCGUUCGUUGCGGCAUGUAAAGGUCCCUCGCCUCCUCUCCGUGCCCGGGCGUGGGCUUGCGCGCCUGGCGCACCGGUUCGCACCGACGCGGUUUGCUCGGCUCGCACGCCUUCGCGUCCUCCUUUCUCUCCCUUCUCUUUCUGGUCGUCGUCGUCUCCGCUUCAGCAGCCUCUAGCCGUCCCCCGAGCCCCUUGCCCCUUCCUGCCGGCCUCGUUCUCCUUCGCGUCCUCGUCAGUUCCCUCGCGCUGCCAGCGAGCCAAGUCUGCGGCUGCGGAGCAGCUGCGAGUGCGCGCGAGCGACGCUGGGCGUGGGUUCGAACCCGGAGAGGGCUGCCGCGGAAAGCAGGCCAGGGAUGCCGAGGGCUGUCGCGCUGCGGCCUCGCGCCCCUCGACGCUGUCUCUGGGUUUUGCGAGUGAAUCCUCUGCAGAAGCACGCCUUCUCCACGAAGCACUAGGGGCCUCGCUGUCGUCGCCAGGCAUCCCAGGCGACGCGUUCGUUGAGUUCACGACUGAGAGCGUACGGGCGAUGAACUUGGGCGCGAGCGAGAGCGAGCUCGCGGACGCUACCGGCGAGUCGAGGCGCAGGCCGACAGACCCAGACUGGACAGAAAAGGCAGCGGGCGAUCCCGCUGCAGGAUGCGAUGGCGAGGAGACGCCUGGCGAGAAAACACGCCGUCGCGGAGCGUCCGGGAAGGUGUCGCGAAUCAAAGUAUUCUCUCUCAGCGCAGCGCAUCACAGGGCCAAACGACCGCCCACGGAGCUGGACGCGCCAUCUGCGUCUCCUCUCUUUUCGCCGAUCCCCGAUGACCAACUGUUUUCUCUCUCGCCAAACACUUUGAACGCGCAAGAGCUUCUCUACGUGCUGGGACGUGCGAGCCUCAUCCUGCGGGACGGCGGAGAAGGACGCAGGGAAACGGAGGCCGGCGGCCUGGACGUUUCAGGCCCUCGCGCGCCUUCUUACGUUCCUGUGGCUGCUACCGUCUCAUCGUCGCCCUCGUCUUCCGCUGAAUCUGCUGCGGAAACCACUCAGGGACCAAGCGUAGAUGCGCGGCUGAGCUCCACUUCGUGGUCACCCUCCUGGGGACUUUUCUCUCCCGACGCCUCUUCUUCCGCCUCGUCCUCACCGCCCUACUCGGCGCGCCAGCUGUCGCGUCCUGGCGCCCGCGAAGGCGAGUCUCUUUCUUCUCCAGACUUCGCAGCGAGCGGCGUUCAAGGCGCACUGUUCAGUCCCCGCGGGUUUCUUGCUCAGACAGAUUUUGAACGCGCACAGCUGCGUCUGUGGACUCAUCUGAUGGAGCGUCUCACGUCGCUUCUGCCUUCGCUCAAGCCCCGCGAAUUCACACGCGCCGUACAGACGCUCGGCUACGCGCGACCGGUGCUUUUAGAGCUCGCGAGGGAAGCCACGCUGUCUCUACCCACCAGGAGUCCCGCCAGCGACAGACAAGUGACCGGACAUGCCAACCCGGCCGCUGCAUCGAGGUCGGUUCGCUCUCAGUCUGCCAGUCGUUCGUUCGCUUUUUCUGCUUGCGAGUCGAUGCCGAGGUGCGAGGGGGGCACCGCCGCGGGAGGGAGGGAGGGUCGGACCCAGCGAGAAACGAGGGCGCACGAAGAAAGAAAGAGAGAGGCGGAGGUGUUCUUGAAGGCUGACAGAUACCUCGUCCUGCAGCUGAGGAGACAGGCGGGCCUUCGCGCCACCGCGUUCCACGGCGAGUGCCUCGCGAGAAUCUUCUACGGCAUGACCAAGGGCCAGAUGGAAAACAACGAACAGUUCCUCGACUUUCUCACUUCCGAAGUCUUGGAGAGAUUGGACAAGAAGCUCCGUCCCUGGCAGCUGCAUCGGAUCUUCCAGGCUGCGUUCAACUCUCCGCACGUGUCUCGACACUUCAAGGCGGUGCUGGGCUCGCAUCUUGUGGCGCGGCUCGCCUUUCUCCCUGGACAGAGUCUGGCGGACUUCCUACCCAAGUGCACAGAGAUUGGCCUCACGAAGAAGAUCGAAAACGUCGUGAAGAUCAACGUCAUCUGCGGCAAACGGCUACGCGCCUGGGAAGAUCCCUCGUUGCUCAUUUCGCUGGGCUACCCGCUAGUCAUGUGCGACUUGAUAUCGCCGAGCAACGUGGUGGCGCUUUUCCGGCAGCUGCGCCUGCGAGUGAAUUUCGCAUAUCCUUCUCUCGACGCAGAGCAGGUUCGUAGCCACGAAGCGGACUACCGCCGGGCAGUACGAAAUGUCAACGCGGCGCUCGUUCCCUUGAAGCUUAUGGAAGCUCGCCUGCGCGUCUUUCGCCCGAAUGUCUACGAAAUCCUGUCGCCGUCGUUGCGGGCUUGGCUGGCGACUGUUAGAGAGGCGCCGCUGAAACUGACAUCGUUUCUGCCGCCAGCUGAUCAAGCGCACGUGAACGCGCCGCUCCUGCUGGGACUGGCGGAGCUGAUUGAAGAGACGAACAAUGAAAUUCGACAUCCUGCGCUUCUGCUGCACCCUCACCUCCAGGGCCCGUUCCUCCUCGAGACAGCGUCGCCCCUGACUAAAACAUUUCUCGAGUGGGACACGCCCUGGCUGUUCUACCCGCCUUUCAAACGAUUCGAGAGCCGAGUGUAUACUGAGACGAAGCGCAGAUGCCUGGCUGAGGAGGGCUGGGAGCUGGUCGCGCUUUCUGCGGAGGAGUACCUUGCGCUGCCCGAUGCCUCAAGCAAGAAGAGGUGGCUGAUCAACGAGAUGAGAACGAAGCUGCUUCUUGCACAAGAAAAGUGA